GGUCCCGUCCAGGGCUUGCUGGCAGGCUUGCCGGAAGUUCUGACAAGAGUGGCAGCAGCGGAGUCUCAGUGAAAGGAGGAAAGGCAAGAAGCAGGAGGCUUAAACAGGCGGGUCACAUUGACUGCUCUCCUGCUGCAAUGGGUUGGCUGGAAGAACUAAACUGGCAGCUUCACAUUUCCUUGCUCAUUCUUCUGUCUAUGCACACGAGGGCAAACUUCCUUGAUAACAUGCUUUUGCGAAGUUCAGGAAAAUUAAAUGUGGGCACCAAGAAAGAGGAUGGUGAGAGUACAGCCCCCACCCCUCGUCCAAAGAUCUUGCGAUGUAAAUGCCACCACCACUGUCCAGAAGACUCAGUCAACAAUAUUUGCAGCACAGAUGGAUAUUGUUUCACAAUGAUAGAAGAAGAUGACUCUGGGAUGCCUGUGGUCACUUCUGGAUGCCUAGGACUAGAAGGCUCAGAUUUUCAGUGUCGGGACACUCCCAUUCCUCAUCAAAGACGAUCAAUUGAAUGCUGCACGGAGCGGAAUGAAUGUAAUAAAGAUCUGCACCCCACACUGCCUCCACUGAAGACCAGAGAUUUUGUUGACGGACCUAUACACCACAAGGCCUUACUUAUAUCUGUGACUGUCUGCAGUUUGCUCUUGGUACUUAUCAUUUUGUUCUGUUACUUCAGGUAUAAAAGGCAAGAAACCAGACCCCGGUACAGCAUUGGUUUAGAACAGGAUGAAACGUAUAUUCCUCCUGGAGAAUCCCUGAGGGACUUAAUUGAGCAGUCUCAGAGCUCAGGAAGCGGAUCAGGCCUCCCUCUGCUGGUCCAGAGGACUAUAGCUAAGCAGAUUCAGAUGGUGAAACAGAUUGGAAAAGGUCGCUAUGGGGAAGUUUGGAUGGGAAGGUGGCGUGGCGAAAAGGUAGCUGUGAAAGUGUUCUUCACCACGGAGGAAGCCAGCUGGUUCCGAGAGACAGAAAUAUAUCAGACAGUGUUGAUGAGGCAUGAAAACAUUUUGGGCUUCAUUGCUGCAGACAUCAAAGGGACGGGCUCCUGGACCCAGCUGUACCUCAUCACAGAUUAUCAUGAAAACGGCUCCCUCUAUGAUUACCUGAAGUCCACCACCCUGGAUACUAAAUCCAUGCUGAAGUUAGCUUACUCUUCUGUCAGUGGCCUAUGUCACUUACACACCGAAAUCUUUAGUACUCAAGGCAAACCAGCAAUUGCCCAUCGCGAUCUGAAAAGUAAGAACAUCCUGGUGAAGAAAAAUGGAACUUGCUGUAUAGCUGACCUGGGUCUGGCUGUCAAAUUUAUUAGUGAUACAAACGAGGUCGACAUACCACCCAACACCCGAGUUGGCACCAAGCGCUACAUGGCUCCAGAAGUGCUGGAUGAGAGCUUGAACAGGAAUCACUUUCAGUCCUACAUCAUGGCCGACAUGUACAGCUUUGGACUCAUCCUUUGGGAGGUUGCUAGGAGAUGCGUAUCAGGAGGUAUAGUGGAAGAGUAUCAGCUUCCCUACCAUGACCUGGUGCCCAGCGACCCCUCCUACGAGGACAUGAGGGAGAUUGUGUGUAUCAAGAAGCUGCGGCCCUCCUUUCCCAACCGGUGGAGCAGCGACGAGUGUCUAAGGCAGAUGGGGAAACUCAUGACGGAAUGCUGGGCGCAGAAUCCUGCCUCCAGACUGACAGCCCUGCGGGUGAAGAAAACACUGGCCAAGAUGUCAGAGUCCCAGGACAUUAAACUCUGACCCGAGGGCAAGAAUAAGCAUCUCUGGAGAAAGCCGGUAGAUACUCGUUGGUUUGCAGGCCGAGCCAAAGAUGUUGCAGAAGCAUCCACAGUACAGACCGUGAACACCAUCCUGCUUCCCGGUGGGUUUAGCCUCGCCGCCGCUCGGGGUGCAGCCCAGACAAGAGAGAAGCUCCCACGAAUUCAUCGCCUCUGUUCGCAGGAGGAAGAAACCGCUUGGGUUCCUUGUUCAGGAUGUGAUGCGUGUUGCUUUCUAAGAAAGCCCUGGAUUUGGGGAUCGCCUUUUUGUUUUAUUUUGCCAAAAUGAAACUAACAAUGCAGAUUUUUUUAAGGUUUAUACGAUUAGAGAUUAAAUAAUAACAACAGACGUUCUUCCGGGAACCUCUACUGGACGGUAACUUAAAAUAUGUUUCCAUUGAAAAAUUGCGUUGCACUCUCCCAACUGAAAGACAGUCUGUGACGCUGGAGAACAGGAUGGAAGGCAUCUUAAAAGGCGCCUGACCCCUGCUGCCCCCCGCCUGCUCAGACCACUCCUGCCAGCCCUGCCCAGGGGCAGCCGAGGCAACGUGAACGCACCUGGGAACCAGCCACCUCCGGUCGGGGACCACAUUUGGGGGUUCCUGCAGAUGCCCUUUUGCAGCUUUCAGGGGAUAUGGAACAAUUGAAGGUUUUAUGUGACUCUCUUAGCAGUAAAUGUUGACACUGUUCUUCACAACCACUUGCAUGUCUGAUUCUGUUAGGCAUUUGCUUUUCCCUGAUGAAAUCCCUUCCUUUUCGUUAAACACAAACUGAGCUUUUUUUUGUGCAGAGAAGUAACCCAUGCAAUCUUUUGAUCUCUCAAAUGAAAGGAUCAAUAUUCAGUUAAAUGGCCAUCAGUUGAAGACAAUGGGCUUUAAAAUAGAGAUCAUUUUGCCCUCUGUGCUGUAAGAAGAUUGGGUCAAAAAGGUACAGCAUGAGGGUGAAGGUGCAAGUGGCUUGUUUCUUACAGACCCGGAAGAGCCAGUCUCAGGAGCCCGAGGGGCAGCACAUGCACAGCUCAUCGUGUAUGCACAGAGAUGGUUUCUUUUGGUUAUUGUCUGCCUUUCUUGUGUCUGAGUUAAGGGAGGGAGGGGAAUCGUGUCUCCGGUUAAUGUAACUAAAUUUUUAAUUUAAAAAUAGAUAAACCUAACCUCCAAAUGGGACAGCAGAGAAAUGAUAGCAGAGGCUGCAAAAUACCAGGGCUGCUCGGAUUUUUUUUUUUUUUUUCCGGAAGAAAUACGGAUCGAGUAUGUACACCUUCCGUGAUCUUUUCGCAUCUUAGGAAUGCUGACGCUAUUUUAUUUUAUUCUCAAGAUGUUCAAUUUCCUUUUUAAUUUAUUGGUUUUUCCUUCUCUGUGGCGCUUGUGCAAAAGCAUCUCCUGGCCUCUUCCUUGCUGUGAGGUUUUAACUUUUGAGCAACAUGCGUCCCAUUGUUGACAGGGCCAGUAGUCCUUAGCAAGAGGAACAUGAUAACGGCUAAAAUGUACACACCCCUCUCAGCUUUAUUCAUUUCCGUCCUGACUGUGGUUUUCUUUUGCUGCUCAGAAAUUCCGUAAUGUUUGGUAAAGAAUUCGGGAGUACCUCCCUUUGCCCUUAGAGAAAA